CCCGCCCUCAGUUCCUACCCUCUGGAGGCUGGCGCUUGCCUCUCGGUGGGAGUGUUUGCCGCCGCCGCCGCGGCCGCCACCUGGAGUUUCCGCAGCCUCCAGGUUUCCCUGCCAACCACGAGGAGUCCAGGGAGAAAAAGCGAAGCCUACGUGCCCGUGACGCACACCUCCCACGCUUUUUCCAGCCCCAGAUCGCCCCGACAGGGAUGGGCGACAAGACCUGGCUGCCCUUCCCGGUGCUCCUCCUGGCUGCUCUGCCCCACGUGCUGCUGCCGGGGGUGGCCGGCUUCACGCACUCCUUGGACAGCGACUUCACGUUUACCCUCCCGCCCGGCCGGAAGGAGUGUUUCUACCAGCCCAUGCCCCUGAAGGCCUCGCUGGAGAUCGAGUACCAAGUUUUAGAUGGAGCAGGGUUAGAUAUUGACUUCCAUCUUGUUUCUCCAGAAGGAAGAGUCUUAGUUUUUGAACAAAGAAAAUCAGAUGGAGUUCACACGGUAGAGACAGAAGUUGGUGACUACAUGUUCUGCUUUGAUAAUACAUUCAGCACCAUUUCUGAGAAGGUGAUUUUCUUUGAGUUAAUCCUGGAUAAUAUGGGAGAACACGAGCAAGAACAAGAGGACUGGAAGAAAUAUAUUACUGGCACAGAUAUGUUGGAUAUGAAACUGGAAGACAUCCUGGAAUCCAUCAACAGUAUCAAGUCCAGACUAAGCAAAAGUGGUCAUAUCCAAACUCUGCUUAGAGCAUUUGAAGCUCGUGAUAGAAAUAUUCAAGAAAGCAACUUUGAUAGAGUCAAUUUCUGGUCUAUGGUUAAUUUACUGGUAAUGGUGGUGGUUUCAGCCAUUCAGGUUUAUAUGCUUAAGAGUUUAUUUGAAGACAAGAGGAAAAGUAGAACUUAAAACUCUUUUUCAGAGUACUUAGUAAUAUGUAAAGAGAGAGAAAAAUGCAGUAAACUGUUGCGCUCAAGACCAUUAAUAGUAUUUUCCAAAAUGUUUUCAGUUCCUACCGUAAGUGUGAAACAAUUAUAAUUUUAAUGUGAAGGAAAAGAAAAGUCUUCAUUUUCGUCUGUGCAAGUUAUCUUAUUGCUCCAGUUGUACUUAAGUGUAUAACAAAUAUUUGGCAAGGGUAUAUGUAUAAAUGAAUGAAGCCAUAUUGAUAAUGGCAUUUUCCUAAGUUUUAAAAAAAUAUUGUAAAUGUGUCAUAGGUGAUUUAAAUAAGUGAACUUUGGGCUUAAAUGCAACACUGAACAAUUUUUAAAAAGAGAUUUUUCAUUAAUUUUUAGAGAGAGAGAAACAUCUUUGUGACAGGCCAACAUUGAUGGGCUGCCUUCUGCACACCCCCUU